UGUUUACGUUUUAUGUUUGGUGAAUGAAAAUGAAUAUUGGUACCUUCAACACAUCUACCGGCUGACUGACUGAUAGUCUGGUAUUUGUAUUAUUAUUAGUUACGAGUAGAAGAUUAGACUUGGAUUUAGAUCUUCCAAAAAUAAGGAGUAUGCUCAAACAGAUAAUCUCUAUUAAUUGAAUUAACAAUGGUGAACACAUACUAUCAUUACCAACAGAGGUGGUGGCUGAUCCACCCAGGAGGAUGGGUAGCAGCAGUACAUAAACGUGAAUGGGUGAUUGCAGCAUUUGGAUUUGCUGCGAUUCUUCUUCUUCUUUUAUCUUUUUCUUUCAUUUUUUCAUCACCAUCACCAUCUUCAUCUUCGGCAGCUGAUCACCAUCAUCAUUUCUCCGGCCCACCCGAUCAUUUCGUGCCCAUCGUUUUCUUAACCAAUGCCGCUUUACGUGGCGCCUAUUGUUUGGAUGGAAGUUUUCCUGCAUACCAUUUUCAGAAGGGUUAUGGUUCUGGCGCUAGGAGAUGGGUUCUACACAUUGAGGGUGGUGGUUGGUGCAAUACAAUAGCUUCUUGUUCUUUUCGUAAGAUGACUGCUUUAGGGUCUUCAAAGUACAUGGAUCGCCAUGUUCAGUUUUCUGGAAUUCUUAGCAGUGAUCAAUCUCAUAAUCCAGAUUUUUAUAACUGGAACAAGGUCAAGAUACGUUACUGUGAUGGGGCAUCUUUUGCUGGGCACCCUGAAAGUGAACUAAAAAAUGACACUAAACUUUUCUUCAGAGGUCAACUCAUCUGGGAAGCAAUGAUGGAUGAGCUCUUGUCAAUUGGAUUAUCUAAUGCUCAAGAGGCUCUUCUUUCUGGUUGCUCAGCUGGAGGACUCGCAACACUCAUACACUGUGAUGACUUCAGAGAAAUUUUGUCAAAAGAUGCUAAAGUCAAAUGUUUAUCUGAUGCAGGUUUCUUUCUUAACGAGAAAGAUAUUGCUGGCAAUGCUACCAUUCAGUCAUUUUACCAUGAUGUUGUCCGUCUCCAGGGUGUAGCCGGCAGCUUGAAAAAAGACUGUGUUGCCAAUAAGGAACCAUCCAAGUGUUUCUUUCCUCAAAAUAUGAUGAAUAGCAUAAAUACACCACUUUUCCUUGUCAACCCAACUUAUGACUUUUGGCAGAUAAAAAACAUUUUGGUACCUAGUCCAGCAGAUCCUCGCGGUCAUUGGCGCAAAUGCAAACUCAGCAUUCACAAUUGUAGUCCUGAACAGAUUCAAGUGCUUCAAGGAUUUCGAAAUUCAUUCUUAAAGGCAUUUUCAGAAUAUCAGCAGAUGAAGAAUUUUGGCAUGUUCAUCAAUUCAUGCUAUAUUCACUGCCAAACAUGGGUUUCUGAGACAUGGCAUGGUCCGAAUUCUCCCAGGAUAAAUAACAAGACUAUUGCAGAAUCAGUUGGUGACUGGUUUUUUGACCGAAAAGCAUCAAAACAUAUAGAUUGUCCUUAUCCAUGCAAUCCUACUUGCUACAAUAUGGAUUUCACUGGGCGAUGAUUACAUUGAGGAUGUCAAUAUCAUCAUUUUUUCUCCAGUGUCCAGCCACUGCACACAAUGAUGUUAUAAGUAUAUGUGUAUCUACUCAUAUGCCGCCAAAAAUACACAAUUGUUAGUCUAAUUAGUGAUUAUGAAAUCAGGAUUGCUUUGUUGUUUAAGUAAUUAUGUAACAAGUUCCCUCUUUCCAGACUAAAAUUGAGGUUGUAAUCCUUUUUUUGGUCAAAAUCAUGUUAUGUUUUUUGA